AUGUGGAUCUCCCUAAAUAUCUGCUUGUAUCUGUCCCUUAACUAUAUCUCUGCAGCUUCAAUUCUCAGACCAGAUACUUGUCAGCUUCAGGGACACUUCAGACUGAACGGAGUGUACCAGGAUGGAGAUAUUAUACUUGGAGGCCUGUUUGAGGUUCACUUAUUCACGGUGUUCCCAGAGCUGAGCUUCAGAACAGAGCCAGAUCCACCAUACUGUGAAAAAUUUAACAUGGAAAGCUUCCAGCAUGCACAGACCAUGGCUUUUGCUAUAGAUGAGAUCAAUAAGAAUCCAAACUUGCUGCCUAACAUCACUCUUGGUUACCAUCUUUAUGACAACUGUGUGAUGCUAGGAAUGGCCUUCCGGGCUGCCAUAUCCUUGGCUAGCGGAACAGAGCAGUCCUUCUCCAAUCUAAACUGCAGUGGUCCUCCUCCAGUCAUUGGGAUUGUGGGGGAUCCAAGUUCAACUCCAUCCAUUGCAAUUUCCAGUGUUCUGGGGUUGUUUCGUGUACCUAUAAUAAGUCACUACGCCACCUGCUCCUGUUUAAGUGACAAAACAAAGUACCCCUCUUUUUUCAGAACAAUCCCCAGUGAUGCCUUCCAAGUGCGGGCUAUGAUUCAGAUUUUGAGGCAUUUUGGAUGGACAUGGGUUGGUCUCCUCUACAGUGAUGACGACUAUGGAAUCUAUGCUUCUUUGUCCUUCAAGCAGGAAAUCCAGUUGUUUGGAGGUUGUGUUGCUUUUUCUGAAAUCCUGCCCAAUGAUAACAAUCCCAGAAAUAUUCAACAUAUAAUGGAAGUGAUUCAGUCCUCUACAGCUAGAGUGGUGGUUGUUUUUUCAACUUUACCCUACCUGCUGCCUUUGAUGGAUGAGGUGGUUUUGCAAAACCUGACAGGCAGACAGUGGAUUGCCAGUGAAGCUUGGGCCACUGCACCCGUUUUUCAGACUCCACAUUUCCUGCCCUUGCUAAGGGGCACACUGGGCAUCGCCAUCAGGCGUGGAGAGAUCCAGGGACUUCAUGAGUUUCUGUUACAUCUCCAUCCCAGCAAUGAUUCGAAAAAUAAUAUGUUGAGGAUCUUCUGGGAGAACAUGUUUGUGUGCAGUUUUCAAACCAAGAUAGAUGGAGAACAAAUUAAAAAGCUGUGUACAGGAAAUGAGGAUCUGAGCGCCACAGACACACCAUACACUGAUGUUUCAGGGUUGAGAGCAGCUUAUAAUGUGUAUAAGGCAGUUUAUGCCCUGGCACAUGCACUUCAUGACCUGAUGCAGUGUGAGGAGGGGAGAGGACCAUUUAGUGAGAACAGCUGUGCCGACAUAAUCAACCUGAAACCGUGGCAGCUGGUCCACUAUCUAAAGAAAGUGAAAUUCACCACAGGCUUUGGGGAUCAAGUGUCUUUUGAUAAGAAUGGAGAUGCUUUGGCCAUCUAUGAUGUGUUGAACUGGCACCCUAGCUCUGAUGGAUUAGUAAAGGUCCAAGAGGUCGGUGUAGUUAAUGAAGGUUCGGCAGGGAUGGUGCUCACACUGGAUGAGGAUGCAAUAUACUGGAACUUUGAGCCUAAAAAACCCCCACGAUCUGUGUGCAGUGAGAGCUGUCCCCCAGGCACCAGACAAGCCACAAGAAAGGGCCUUCCUGUCUGCUGUUUUGACUGCCUGCCAUGUGGAGAUGGAGAGAUUUCUAAUACAACAGAUGCCAUUGAGUGCACAAUGUGUCCAGAUGACUUCUGGUCCAAUCCAAAUAAGGAUCAGUGUGUCCCCAAAGUUGUUGAGUUUCUGUCCUAUGAGGAACCUCUGGGCAUUUCUCUGACCACUGCUUCCCUGCUUGGCACCUGCUUCUGUGCUGUUGUAAUGGUCAUCUUCUGUUAUCACCACAACACUCCAAUUGUACGUGCAAACAAUUCAGAGCUUAGUUUCCUGCUGCUGUUGUCACUCAAAAUGUGUUUCCUGUGUGUUUUGUUGUUCAUUGGCCAGCCACAGUUGUGGACAUGUCAGUUAAGACAUGCUGUAUUUGGCAUAAGCUUUGUCCUGUGUGUGUCCAGCAUCCUGGUCAAGACUAUGGUGGUAAUAGCUGUGUUCAAGUCAUCUCGACCAGAGGGCAAAGGAGCAAUGAAAUGGUUUGGAGCAGUUCAACAAAGAUGCACAGUUCUGGUCCUAACAGCACUUCAAGUUGUGAUAUGUGCAAUCUGGCUAUCAACUGCCUCUCCAGCACCACAUAAAAACAACCAGUAUAUCCGCUCUAAAAUAGUAUAUGAAUGUGCUAUUGGCUCAGUGGCUGGUUUUUCUAUGUUGCUGGGAUAUAUUGGCAUAUUGGCAGCAGUGAGCUUCCUUUUAGCCUUUCUAGUGAGAAACCUUCCAGAUAAUUUUAAUGAAGCAAAGUUCAUCACUUUCAGCAUGUUGAUUUUCUGUGCUGUGUGGAUCACCUUUGUUCCAGCAUAUGUGAGCUCUCCAGGGAAAUAUGCAGUGGCUGUGGAGAUUUUUGCUAUUCUAGCCUCUAGUUUUGGACUAUUGGUGGCCAUAUUUGCCCCGAAGUGCUACAUCAUCCUUUUUCACCCAGAGAGAAACACUAAAAAAGCCAUCAUGGGAAGAGAAAAACAAAAUAAAUAG